AUGAGUGGGAAGGAUUCAAGGCAUGUGGCAGAAAUCGCGAUGCUCAGUUUCUAUCUCACACAUUGUGCCCCACAGUCGCUUCCCAAGGAGUUGUGGAAGGAUAAGAAUGUAUUGGAGCUUGGAUGCGGGACAGGCCUCGGAUCCAUCACAGCAUCCCUUCUUGGGGCCAAGGCAAAGCUCGUCACUGCAAGCGACCGUGACCCCGUGGUGGACGCAGCAGCCAGGAAGUUGUUGUGGACUGACUUGCUGUGGACCAGAUGGGGAACGCCAUUCUGCACGACAGAAGCUCAAUACAUGAGGGAUAUGGGACAGUGUUGGGACUCGAAGUUUGCAUUUCAAAAAGGCUAUGACGUCAUCAUCGGAGCAGACCUUACCUACUCAGCAGGAUUGAUUCCAUUGUUGGCUGAUACUCUGAAUGACUUCAGUGGACCUCAGACCGAGAUCUUAUUGUGUUGGUGCGAACCAAAGCUCUUCACGUGGAACACAGAUGUGAUGGAGGAAUUGAACAAAGAGAUCGAAUACUUCAGAUCAAGAUUCAAGGUGGAGACAAUAAGGAGGAUGUUGGAGACGCGAGAUCUUACGCCGAAUGGUAAAGCUAACGUCCUCAGCGUCGGUGCAAUGAAGAUACCAGGAAAGCCAAGGCUCUUCAAUCUCUGUGCUUUUGUUGUCCGAAGCAAUGUCCCAAUCAAGCCGUCUGAUGGAAAUACCAUGCACCUCGGUAAAGGCUUUGAUCCAGUCUUCUUCAGUGCUCAAAUUACUGCUAAGCGGGAGAUGCCCAGGCGUCGGCAGGCAGACUUCAAGCUGGUGAGGGAGAUGCCGAGGACGUGA